UGCGGAGCCCGCGCUUGGCAGGAGUCUGCAGCGAAGAGAAGGAGAAGAGCCGCGGCGGGAAGCGAAACCGACGUCUCCCCUUUCCGACGAGGGGCGCCGCGCUGCUGCCAUGGAGUCGUCGAGCAACUCCGAAGGGUGCAUGGGGCAAUGUACCGGCUUCGUGCGCACUCACAAGGGAAUGAUCCUCCUGGCCGAAAUAAUUGCGUGCAUCCUCAUCCUGAUCUGUUAUGGAGCCUCCUGGACACCAGGCUACACGGGUUUAGCCAUCUUCAUGCUCAUUUACGGCAUUGUCAUUUUCAUCCUCUUCAUGUGCAACUUGCACCACCAGAUCACUUUCAUCCACUGGGGGUGGACGGAUUUCAUGAGGGCUCUCAUCGGGGCUGUUGCUUUCCUCAUCACGUCCCUUAUCGUUCUCAUAGGACACAAAGAUGGAGCUGGCAUCGCAGCUGCGGUGAUUGGAAUGCUGACAGGAAUCCUUUUUGGCUACGAUGCCUACACCAUCUUACCAACCCUCAGGAAAUCACAUGCAGCAGCUCCCACUGGUCCCUCAGAUGGGGUGUGAAGACACGCCAUUCUCUUGCUUCCACAUCGUGACUAGGCCCCAAUCCUGGACCCAUCACCUUUAGCUUCCUGCUGGAUCUCCUGGUAGAAAACUACCCCAGUCUAUAAAUUUGACAAUGUCAUCCCUCUCUUCUGGACGUCUCAGUGAGGUUCACCAAUUCUUGAGAAAGAUAAUUCCACUCUUAUUUCCGCCAACUCUCUCUCUCUCCUAUGUCUGACUUAAUUGUGGAAAACAAAGGCAGCUUUUGGCAACUUGACAAAAUAAUUAUUGGCCCCCAAUAAAUGGGAUUGUUGAGGGAGGACGGAGAGGGGAAGCUUCAAAUCAGUUUAGGGGCUCAAGCAGUUUACACAGUGGGCUGAGGGGGGAGGAAAUGGGACCCCUGGAUUCUAUCUCCAGUUCUAGAAAAUGUGGGGUGGAGAAUGGAGUGGAAGAGAACUCCACAGACUCAUUUUAAGUGCCUUCCUUUUUCUGUGCCUCAGUUUCUCCUCAUUUAAAAUGGGGAGAGUGGACCAGAGGCUGGUGCUUGCAUCUAGUUAGCUUAUUCUCACUCUGGGAUCUCCAGCCUAAGAGAUCACUGUUUUUAAGAAACAUAAUAAUAAAAAAGCUUAAGGAGCGGGUGUUUUGAUGACUCUAGAAGACAAUGGACCUAGUUCCUUUGAAUGUUGUUGAGAAUUUAUUAAACCACCUUGACAGCCAAUUAUAA